AUGUCGGAGGGAAAUCGUACCUUUGUGACUGAAUUUGUCCUGACUGGAUUCCCCGGACUUCACCCAAAGUACGAGGGCAUUGUCUCAGCUGUUUUGUUCUUUGUUUAUUUCUUCACAGUGAUGGGCAAUGCUGUGAUUAUUUUUUUGUUUGCGACAGACCGCAGCCUCCAUAAGCCGAUGUAUUACAUAAUCCUAAAUCUGACUGUAUCUGAUAUUCUCUUCAGCACCACUACUUUACCUAAGAUCAUCAGCAGAUACUGGUUUCAGUCGGGGACUAUUUCUUUCACGGCUUGUUUUGUUCAGAUGUACUUUGUUCACUAUCUCGGCACAGUGAAUUCUUACAUCCUCUUCCUGAUGGCUCUGGACAGAUAUUUGUCUAUCUGUCAUCCUCUCAGAUAUCCAGUUAUUUUCAAAAACUCCACAAUCCUAAUUCUCAGUGUUAGUGCGUGGAUAACGGCCAAGUUAGGCCCUUUAGUGGUAGUCAUCCGUGCGUACCCUCUUCCUUACUGCGCCUCAAAUAUAAUCAAACACUGCUACUGCGAUCACAUCGGUAUAACAGUGCUCGCAUGCACUGACAGGGCCCCUUAUGGUAUCCCUGCUUUUGGGAUGGCAAUGGUCGUCUUACUGGCACCUCUGGCGUUUAUAGUUUUCUCAUAUUGCUCUAUACUUAAAACUGUGCUUAAGAUAGCAAAUGUGCAAGGCCGCCUUAAGUCUUUGUCCACUUGCAGCACUCAGUUGAUUGUGAUUUUGCUGUACUACUUACCCAGGUGUUUCAUAUAUUUAGCCAGUAAUGUUGGCAUCAAAUUCAGUCGUGAUAUUCAGAUCGUCAUCAUCAUGUUGUACAGUCUUUGUCCUCCUAUGAUUAAUCCGCUUAUUUACUGUUUAAGAGCUAAAGACAUAAGAGCGAGCUUUUGGAAGAAACUCCAGAGGAAAACUACUCCACAAAAAAAUCACUCAUUAACCAGUUAA